AUGUCAUUAGAAGAAUUUGAAACGAUAUUGAAAGAAUUACCAUCUUUAAAAGCUCCAGGAGUUUCUGGAUCUCGUAUUAAAAGAUUAACAGAAAUCGCCUUUCAACAAGUUGGUCAGGAAUCUAAAUUAAUUACAACUUUAUAUUCUAAUUGUAAGGCAGUACCAUCUACUCAUAAAUUAGGUACUUUAUAUGUGGUUGAUUCUAUUGUAAGAGGCUUUACUGAAGAAGCUAAAAAGGAAAAUCAAGAAAUUAACUCGCUGGCUCCUGAUGGAACUUAUGCUUCAGCAGUUUAUAAAAUUACUGAAUUAAUUGAAUCCUUAAUUGAUGAUGCGUUGGAAUUACAAAUUAGUGCUUCUCAAAGAAUUAAAAUUAGUAAAUUGAUUGACAUUUGGGAAAGAGCAGAAACAUUUCCACUAGAAAUCAUUAAUAACAUUAGAAAUAAGCAUUUUGUUUCAACUACUCCUCCAGGUUCUCCUCCAAGAACAAAAGUUGAACCAGUUAAGCCAGUUGAAGAAAAAUCAACCAAUGAUUCAAAUAGUAUUUUAUCGGCUCUCGCUUCUUUAGCUAAAUCUACUGGUUCUGAUUCAAACACCCCAACAUCUCAACCAGUUAAUCCAGUGUCAAGUAAUGAUGCUAGUAAUAUCUUGUCACAAUUGUCCGCACUUAGUGGGGCUACUGCAACUGCAACUAGCUCUAUCAGUCCUCCACCUUCUUCUGGUUCAUUUUCGAAUUUACCCCCAAGUCUUCCAAAACCACCGCAGUUCACUCAACAACAGCAAGAACAACAACAACAACAACCACCCGCAGCCAAUGAGCAAGUGAUUUUUAAUAUGUUGCAGCAAAUGCAAAACAGUGCAACGGGUAGCCCUACUGCGGCUCCCGCACAACUGUUCGCCCCACAGCCGGCUAUAAACGAUUAUGGAACUGGAAGACGUGGUCGCCGUGAUCAGAAUGAUAAUGGAUAUGGCAGAAGAAAUAGAUCAAGAUCACCAAAUCGCGGUGGUGUUCCUCCUAAUCAAUAUAUUAGAUCCAGAUCACCUCCACGCGGUCACAACCAACCAUACAACCAAAGCUUACCUCCAAACCCACUGAGAGUUCAACACCACCAACAACAACUGCAAUACCAACCCCCGGUCCAGCGUCAACAACAACAACAGCAACAGGCCCCAUCACAUCAACAACAUCAGCAACCAGCGCAUGUUCCUCCACAUGCCAUGGGCGGUGAAAUGAACAUGCCAGGUACUCCACACUACCGUCCAAGAAACGUCGGAUUUGAUCCUUCUACUCCGCAAGGGUCAAUUAAAGUUUUAUCUAGAACGUUGUUUAUUGGAGGUGUUCCAAGAAACAUGGAUGAAAGAGCUUUAGCUACAGUGUUACGUCCAUUUGCAGAAGUUCAAUCGGUUAUAUUAAAUAGUGAACGUAAACAUGCUUUCAUUAAGGUUUAUUCCCGUAGAGAGGCAGAACAGGUUAUCACUUCGUUCAACAAAGACAAUGCGUUACCUUUACGUACUCGUUGGGGUGUUGGUUUUGGUCCUCGUGAUUGUUGUAAUUAUCAGCAUGGAAUUUCCAUCAUCCCAAUCCAAAGACUUACUGAAGCAGAUAAAGCAUGGAUCGUUAAUGCUCAAUGGGGUGGUACUGGUGGACAACCAAUGCUGAGUGGAAUGGUUAUCGAUGAACCAGAUAUUGAAAUUGGUUCGGGAGUAAGUAGCAAGGCUAUGUCUAGAAAAAUGCCAACCAAUUCAGCAAGAAAUGGACCUAAAUCCAACAGACCAGGUGAGGCUGCUGAUGAAUAUGUUAAGACUACAUUGAUUCUGCCACUGGGUAUGAGUCACGGGUCCAUGCCUAAUUUUAAGACAUUCCUGAAUUCAUCUGUGAACCCAUUGCAAGGAUUAUUUGGAAACGCGUCUCCUCAGGCACAAAAUCAACAACCAAAUAUUCCUUUCCAAAACCAACCAGACGCUGGUGGACCCCCAACAGGUUUACCAAAUGUCCCUCCUUCUGGGUUUAAUGAUUUUUUGAGCAAUAUGCAACAACAGCAACCAGGUGGUGCAGGACAAGGUUCUCCACAAGCUGGAAAUCCAAAUCUUGCAGCUUUGGCACAAUUACUUCAACAACAACAGCAACAACAACAACCACGUUGA